AUGGGUUUCAUGGAGACAUUCCUCCCCGCGAACGACCGCUAUGCAGCGUUACUGCUGUAUAGCAUGGUCUUUAGCCUGGCCUUUAAUGGCUACGAUGCCGGUAUCAUGACCGUCAUUCUGGCGGACAAGCAGUUUAUCCAGUACUACAAUGUCGACUCUACAAAGACCGGCGUGAUCGCGACGAUCCCAUGGGCGAGCACGGGUCUGGCUCAGCUGUGCAUUGGAGGCACUCUGGCCAACCUCGUUGGUCGCCUCUGGGCUCUCCGUAUCUCCAUCAGUGUUAUGAUCAUUGGAGUGGUCGUUCAGAGCGUUCCGAACACCUACGCCGUCCUGAUUUUCGGCCGUCUAUUGACAGGUCUCGGCUUUGGUUGUAUCUACAUCGCUAGCAGUCUAUAUGUGGCCGAAUGCGCUCCGAAAAUGUUGCGAGGAUCUUUUGUCGGCACAGUGACGCAGUUUGGCUAUCAACUCGGGACGUUGAUAGCCUUCUGGGCCGGCUACGGCAUGUCUUUCCACACGAGCCCUUUCAACAUUGCCUGGCGCGUGUCCAAUGUCAUCCAGAUCCCAAUUGGCCUUGCUUUCCUCGUUGUCUCCUUCUGGUACCCCGAGUCGCCUCGCUGGCUUUAUGAGAAACACCCCGAUGAUCCGAGUCGGUGCCUUUCCACCCUCUGCAAGCUGAGGAUGGGCACUCCCGAGUCCGAACACGUCAGCAUGGAGUUUCACGACAUUGUUGCUUCGUACGAGUACCGAAAGACGUUUGACACCGGUUACGCUGGCAUUUUCAAGUCGAAGGCCUUGCGGAAGCGCUUGGCCUAUGGUCUCUACGCUACAGCCUUGCAGCAAGCCGGUGGAAUCGCUGCGUUGACCAUGUAUGCCGCUAUUAUCUACGAGUCACUAGGCUGGAACUCGGGCCAUCAAGCCCUGGCCAUCAACGGUAUCCAGUCUGUUCUGCAACUGCUCAUCGUCCUCGUCAACACGUUCACGGUCGAUAGAUUCGGGCGCCGAGGCCUCCUGAUCGCCGGCUUUACCAUCCAAGCCCUCGCACUCCUCAUCAUGUCGUCUCUCACUACAGCCUUCCCGAACAACGACAACAAGGCCGCCGCCGUCGUCGAAGUCGCCAUGCUUUUCAUCGUGGGCCUCACAUACUGCUGGUCCAACGGACCCAUCGCGCCGGCUGUGGCAUCGGAGAUCUUCCCUCAAGAGGUGCGAGACAAGGCAUUUGGUGUCUCCCUUCUAGGCCAGACAGCCUGUCUGCUAGCCAUCACUCAGCCGUGGCCGCGCUUCAAUAGUGAGGUCGGCGGCAAGAGCUAUUGGUUGCUCUUUGGCCUGAACACACUGUGCCUGAUCUCGGUCAUAUUCAUCCUGCCGGAGACAAAGGGAGUGUCUCUGGAGCGCAUGGACAAGAUAUUUGGAGAGGUAGAUGCCGUCGCGGCUGGAGAGGAGUCCGGCAAUGCUGUCAAGGUUGAGGCUGCUGCGGUGGGGCACACGGAAGACAUUGAUGAGAAGAGAGUCCAGACUGGGCAAAACCAUGAACAGGAUCAGAAGGUGUAG